UUUUUUUUUUCUUCUUCUUUUGAAUAAACCUGAUCAAGAUGAACCGACGACCAGGCAAAGGCAGCGGCAAGGACAGCAGCCGCUCAGACCGCCCCAAGAAGGUCGACAAGUACGGUCCCAAAGUGCAGCACAAGGGCCAGCAGCGCACCUUCUCGGACGACAUUUCCGCCAUCACAGAAGAGAACAUGAUGUCCAAGAAGCGUCGUGGCGGCGAUGACGACGAUGACGACGACGACAGCGACGAGGAGAGCGGCAGCGAGGAAAGCGGCACCGAGGAAGAGAGCGAUGACGAGGACGUCAAGAAGAAGCCCGCCAAGGCUGCUGCCAAGGGCAAGGCUGCCGCAGGUGGCAACCGACGAAAGCCUGAUCUCCCGCCAAGCAGCAGCGAGGAAGACGACGACGACGACAGCGAUGAAGAGAGCGACGACGAAAAGCCAAAGCCCGUGGCGACUGGCAACCUGAACCGACAGCGGACGGAUGCUCCUCGCAAAGCCGACACCAAGCUGAGCGACGGCCCAGCACCCAAGGCUGAGCUUUCCCGAAGGGAGCGCGAGGAACUCGAAAAGGAGGCUGCUCGCCGCCGUUACGAAGAAUUGCACCGCCAGGGCAAGACUGAGGAGGCCAAGAACGACAUGGCUCGUCUUGCCAUCAUCCGCAAGCAGCGCGAAGAGGCUGCCCGGAAACGAGCGCUCGAAACCAAGGCCAAGGAGGAGGCCGCCAAGCGCAAGUAAAACCACGGUCGGAGUUUGAUAGAUUUGCGUUUCUUCACGUUGUAUUUUUUUGGUGAUGCUGUUGCUGUUGUGUGUACCUUGUGUGUUGCUUGCUAUUUCUCCCCGCCCCCAUCUUGUUUCAGAAUAGAUUGAAAAGUGACAUGUGUUGCCAUUCGCACUGCAAUCACCCUUCCACAACAAGCAGUCCGAAAAACUGAAACAGCAAAAGAAGCAAAAUGCGAAAAAUCUACUUCGGAA